AGUGGCGUGGAGUCGAGUCAGGCCAAGUGUCGAGUCCAUAAAAGCAACGGCAGGCGACGGAAGUCGCAGAUUUCUGUGCGAUGCUGCUGCCGGAGCUGCUGCUACUCGGCUUGGCCGUCUCCCUGGCGGACAGCUACGACCGAAGCGUCAACUACUGGGAGGCCUUUGCGCCGGGCAAGCUGCUCCAGCGCCUGGACGCUCUCACCGUCACGGAUGUGGACCAAUCGAAGGUGGUAAAGCUGCCGCAGCUGAUGCAGCCCAUCCUGCCAGCCAACAACCAAGCGCAGGCCAAGGUGGACGAGGACGUGGACCUGGAUGUCGAGACGGAUGCAGAGGCGGCGGCCGUAGACGAUGUGGACAGCCUCAGUGCGGAGACCAGCCACGAGGGAUACUCCGGCGAGGACAACUACGAGCGCAACUACGAGCAGUUCGUCAAGGAGUACUUCGAUCGGGCUGCCGGCGACGAUGACCACGACGACGGCGAAGGCCUGGAGGAGGAGGAGGAGGAGGAGACCCAGGCGGAGGCCACCAAUGUCAGGGAUCAGCGCUGCCGGCAGGUCAAGCGGAAGGAUGGCCAGCUGUGCGAGAUCUGUCGCCAGUUGAAGAACAACGAGGUGUCCGAAACGUGCAGCUACUCGCACGACGACCAGCCGCAGCAGUACGCCUAUGGCAGCGGCAGCCAGUACAAGCGUUACCGCGACGAUCCCGCACAGAAGACGGACCAGGAGCAGGCCGAGCCGGUGGCCCCCAGCAGCCUGUGCGUGCGCCGCCAGCAGAAGAACAGCGUCUGCUACGAGUGCAAGGACAGCAAGGGCCAGAAGAUCGAACGCUGCUACGAUGUGCAGGCCCGCAAGGCCAAGACCCGAAAGACAAAGGCCUCCUCCAGCCGUCAUCCGUCCAGCUCCGCCCACAAACGUAAGCCGCGCUCCCAGCAGUCGCAGCAGUCGGAGCAGGAGCAGCGCAUCUACAAGCGCACCAUUAGCUACAGCUAUGCCCAGGGCACGGAUCAGCAGGGCCAGGGGCAGGAGCAGCCGCCCGGCGGGAGAACGGAGCUGCCAGUGCCCCGCCAGCGGCGCCGGCGGCUGGUGAAGAUUACGCGUCGGCGCGGACCGGCUAAAGUGCAAUAAUAAUCGUGUUUUCCUUCGCAUGACUCAAUGUAUAACCCACUCAUUAGCUUAGAUUGAUUACCACACGUUUUUUUUUGUUACAAUAAACCAUUCUGUAAGAACA